UCCGCCCCGCCCCUGGCGCGGGGAAGAUGGCGGCGCCCAGCGCGGCGGGGCUGAGCGGGCGGCUGCGGGCCUGGCUGCCCCGGAUGAUGCAGGUGAGAUGGAGUCGCUACAGCCCCGAUUUCUCAGAGCCAGAAGUGAACAAGGAAUUGUAUCAAAAACCUUUGGAGGAGCUGUCCGAGGAGGAAAAGGAAAAACUGGAGCUCAAGGCUCUUCGACCCAUAAAAGCUGCUCCUCUCAGUCUUUGCAGCUCUGUGUUCAGUGAUCCCAUGAUCAGUAAAUUCACCAAUAUGAUGAUGAAGGAUGGAAAUAAAGUGCUGGCCAGAAGCCUCAUGUCUCAGACUCUGGAGACCAUUAAGAGGAAGCAGCUGGAGAAGUACCACAAAGCUCCAGAAGAUGAGAAGGAGACAAUUGAAUGCAACCCUUAUGUCAUUUUCCACCAGGCUCUGAAAAACUGCCAGCCCAUCAUUGGGCUCUGCAGCAUCACAAGAGGAGGCAAAACCUACCAGGUCCCUGUCCCUCUGAAGGACAAUCGGAAGCGUUUCCUGGCCAUGAAGUGGUUAAUCACUGAGUGCAGGGAGAACAAGCACCGUAGGACCAUGAUGCCUGAGAAGCUCUCCCAGGAGCUGCUCCAGGCCUUCAACAACGAAGGGCCCAUCAUCAAGAAGAAGCAUGCACUGCACAAGAUGGCAGAGGCCAACCGGGCGUACGCACACUUCCGCUGGUGGUAGGGACACAGUGCCACCAGUCCCACCCCCUGGUCAGCAGAACUCCAGGGCCACCUGCCUGGGAGAAGCUCAGGAGAAGAGUGAAAGGUGGAAGAUCUCUUUCAGACAGACAUCUCUUCCAGAUGAGCCAAGGAGAGCUCAUCCAGUCCCCACAAAGUUAAUUUCCUUUGUGCUUGUUUGGGUAGGGCCUACAUGGAUGUUGUAGUUAUUUCAUAAUCACUUGCCUGUGGAGAGAAGCUUUAGAUGUUUUUUGUUAGAGCAAUGCUGUACAAAAUAAUUUUCCUUCCACUUACCUGUUUCCUGGGGACUUACAAGUCUCUGCCCCUGUAAUCACCAAAGGUUUUGGCUUCACAGCUCCAACAAAUGGAUUUUUUCCUCACACCAUAACCAGCCUUAGUGUGACUGGUACAAAAGGCAAUAAAAGGCUUUGUUGAUUUUUGGUUUUGGUCAUCAGCAGCAUUGUCUGUACAGAUUUGAUGGGAAUGUUAACAGAAAACAAUAAAACCAGUUUUAUGAGGAAGAUUUCUUGAUUCCA